CCUGUAUGCAGAAAUUGAGAUGUCUUCAGAAGAGGCCAGGAGUGUAGUGGGGAGUGAAGUGGUGCCCCUGGAUUAUGGUAGUAUGGAUACGGAGAGCAGUCCGUCUCCAACGAGUUCGGAGAGGACGGUGGAGGAGAGGAGGGAUGAAGGAGUAGUAGAGGAGGAGGAAGAGGAGAUCCCCUUAAACGUGUUGGAAUCUGGGGGUGGCGUAGAUGGGUGCUAUGACCCGGACUUAGAGAUAGUGUCUAAGGUGAGGGGGUAUGUGAGCGAACUAGGUAGUAAGAGUAGCCUUAGGGGGUUAGUAGGGAACUGUAACCUUCAUCACCAUGUCCUAAUCAGGCCUGCCGGGGUGAAUGAGAGGGCAUGCUCAGCACCCCGAGAUCAUUGGAUGCCCAUAUACCUGCAUUAUUUGAUUGCAGGGCUUAGGGCUGGGGGUAGGGGGGAGAAGGGGUGGUACUACUUCGGCCCUCGGUCGUCCAGUAAAGGGAAUAGGAGUUUAUUCUCUGCUGGACCGUCAUCCAUCAAAGGGUGGAAAGAAAAAUUCUUCUUUGUGGAUGACACCGAGUGGAGUAGGAGGGAUGCCGAAGUGGAACAGUUGUCUGCUUGGAAAGCGAAGAAAACCAAGCAGAACAACUACAAGUUGAAUGAGGAUGAGGUGGAGGAGGUGGAGAAGCUGGUGAGGGAAGAUGGAGACGUAGUGGAUAUCUUGUACCUCACCAGUCCGAAGGCAAUAGAAGCUGCUGAGCUCUAUGGGCCAAGCUCAUUGAGCGAUGGACGAUUUUCUGAGAUGGACGAUUUUGUAAGUGCUGCUGGAGGACUGCGCAUCCCCAAGAAGCCAAGGAAGAAGUCAACGACUUCAGCUGCAGCGAACAAAGGGGUGCCAGAGAAAGAGCGCCUGCCCAGCACUUCUGCCCGAGCUGUGGAGAGGAAGAAGAGGAGGGUGGCAGAGCUAGAAACCAGGGGGGACGAGGUAGUGGAGUUUGUGCCUCGGCCUUCUCCUCCAGAAAUCAAUCCUGAAGACAGGGAGAGGGAGGAGGCCGUGGUACGAGGUCUUGGCCGAGGCAAGGGGCCCUUUCCUCAACCUUCGUUCCAUAAGAGUUUGUUCGAAGCAACAAACACGACUGGGGCGAAGCACUUCCUCAACGCUACUCUUCCGGAGGGGGAUAGGAUGCAGGCGAAGGACGAGGUGGUUAGUCAUAUGGGAUAUACUGUUGUGAGGCACGCCCUAGAGAGUGCGAGCUGGACAAACGCUCUAGCGCAGGAGUAUGUAGAGAGCGUGAGAGAUCAUGCCAGCUUGCAGAGGCAGUGCGAGCAGCUGCAGAAGGAGAAGGAUGAGUUGCAGAAGGAGAAGGGGGAAUGGGAGAAGGAGAAGAGGGAGAUGCAGAGGAGGCUGGAUGAAGUUCUCCCUUCAGUGACUGAGCUCCAGAACGAGAAUGAUGUCCUGAGCACGAAGCUUGUCCUCGAAGAACGUAAGAGGAAGAUUUGCGAGGAGAAGCUCGAGGCUCAAGACAAAUACAUGGACAACAUGAGGAAAAGAGCAGCGGAGCUGAAGAAGAACGUGAACGUACUGGUUCACAACGGGAUGGAGGAGCACAUUGGCAACUUCCUCAACUCCAGCACCUUCGAGAACAUCCUCAAACUCUACCGGCUGCCAACCGCAAUCGUGGCCUUCACCGACUAUAGAAAGAAGGUGAAGGCCCAGUACCCAGAGGUGGACGUGACAACAGUCACCUUUGGGGAACAAGAAAAAGGAGUGGAGGAGGAUGGUGAGAGUCUCUGUGCUGACUUCCGACCUCAAAUUACUCUAAGGUGGGAGCGUGAUGCAGAGGGACGCACUAUCUUUCCUCCAGACUUUGAUGUUGAGCUAGUGGCAGUGGAGGAAGAAAGAGAAGGAGAAAAAGAAGAGCAAGGUGCUGGAGCUGAAGAUCAGGCAGCCUUGGCCGAAGUGCAGCCUCCUGAGGUGAAUGACUUCAGAUAAAAUAAAGUAACUUUAUUUAA